CUGUUACACACCCACCCGGGGCCCACAAUGCAUCGCGCUUGGGCAACAUGGCUGCGCCCAGCCGCCAGGGCGCUUCACGUGUCCCUCCCUGCGCACUCUUCCACUCGGCCGUGGGAACCGUCUUGAAGGCUUGGCCGGUCUUGCAGAUAGCGGUGGAGAAUGGGUUCGGAGGCGUGUACAGUCAGCAGAAAGCUGAGUGGAUGGUGGGUGUUGUGGAGUCGUUCUUCUACGAAAACGGCAACUUGGAGUCCUUCGAGGUGGAAGACUUCCUGACGGAUAUCGUCAACAAUGAGUUUGACACAGUCAUCGAAGAUGACAGCUUACCACAGGUGUCACGACAGCUCUGCACACUGUUUGGCCUCUGCACCGGCGGGCGUGCGAGUGAAGCGACGCAGUUUAUGGAGACGCUGAGCCAGAAGAGCUUCAACCACAAGCUGAACGUGACUCGCGUCGGAGACAGUGACGACGACGACGACGACAAUGACGAUUCUGGUGGAACCAAUGACGAGGCCAUGGACUGCGCAGAAGCGGCGCAGCCGCCGCCGUCGUCCGGAGAGGUAGCGCAGCCGAGCGUGCCGAGCUCCACCGAGAGCCAGCGCAGAGCAGAGCCGGGCGAGGACGGCUGGACAACGGUCCAGCGGAGACGGAGAUAGCACGAGCGCUCAUCCCCGCCUCCGUGUUUUACUUCAUGUGUUCAGAAUCACAAUCGGAAUAUUUAUUUGUACUGGAGGAAUCCGAUUAGCUAUAAUUAUCUUUUUUCACGGGGACGGGUCAGAACGUGACCGCAAAACACAAUACAAAAACACGAUAGGAGUGCAAAGGAAAGGUAAACAAAUCAUUGAAUAAAUACAAUUAAAAACGAAUUAAUUUUUUAUCUUCAAAGGUAAAGCCCUUUAAGCUAUUAGCUUUUUCAGAAGUGACCUGGCUGAACGAAGCGGUUUAUCAUGUUGACAUUUAUAGCAGUAAAAAACAAAAAAAAAUCUUUUUUUCGUUUGACUGAUUUAGAUGCAAAACAACAAUUGCAAUUGCGCAUCCAUGUGGCCAAGCCAGAUAACCGUGUAAUAAGUUAAAAUUAUCUAGAGGCAUGUUUCUUAAUUUUGGAGGGAAAAAUUGGAGGGCCCGGACAAGAAAUCCACACAACCAUGGGAAGAACAUGCAAACUCCAAAUAUCCAGACGCCGUGGUUUGGUUUGAACCCCCGACCUGCACACCAGGCGAGGAAUAUAACAUCACACCACCGUGGCACCCCUUACAUAAAUAUAUAAAGUAUAUAGUUCCAAUUACAUUAGUACAUGAAUUUCCAAGCUUGAGCGAGUGCAAAUGUAUGUACAGUACUUAUGUUGAACUUGUUUUGCACCUUACAUAGUCAACCGUGCAAAUCGGAGUGUGCGGGCGAAGGACGACAAGCUGAACACAAGACGCAUUUCUAAAGAAAUUAGUUUUCAAUUUAGAUUUAAAAGUGCAUGCCUCCAGUGGCUUCCAGAUGUCAGAAGGAAGUGCGUUCCAGACGGCCGCUGAAGCGCUUUUCAAAGCACGCGAUGCAGUGGGCUCCGAGCACAGUGUGCUGCGGUUCCAUUUCAUUGCACACACGAAGCUGCAGCUAUAAAUCCUACGGAGUGUUUCCCGCGUGCCCAAACGGUGGUAGGCGGAACUUUGUUUUGUUAUUCAUGGUUAAUUUGCGGUACUCUUGCAAUCCCUGCCGCAUGUUAAUUUGGAUGUGGUGUGCGGCGUUUAAAAAUCUGUUGCACACGUGUGCAAUAGGGGGCGCUUCUGCCAUUUGAGUGGACUGUUUUUCAAGCCCACCACGAUGGUGGCGCACAUCGUGCAAGUGUAAUGCAUUAGUCCUAAAUCUUGCGCGUUCAUUAAAAGUGCGUCGUGCUAUUGGAUGGGCUCACGGUUUGUAUUCCCGCGCGGCCCAUGGAGACGUAAGUUAGGGUUACGCGGCAUUCGCGGCGCCGUACAUUCGGCGCGAUUGUCAUUAGCCUUAUUGGCAACGCGAGUCACAGGACAGGGCUCGCGCGUCGAUGUUUGCUGCGGUUAUUUACGACGUAUUGUAGGAGUGUUACCAAAAACGUGACUCGCGCAAAUUAACGUUGCGUUAAAAGUGCAGCCCAGCCAUUGGGACGAUAUAUAACGCGUGUUUUUGUGGUGCAUUAACGUGCGCACUGAGUAAAUUCCAGCAGAGUUGCAAUUUACUUUGUGAACAAACAAACCGAACGCAACCGCGACAGCCAGCUUUAUUUAUUUACGUGCAUUUUCACUUUGAUUUUUUUUUUUAAGCCACGCGUGCACAAGUCGAGGAGUCGUAAGGCACGUGUGACCUUGGUGUGUUGAGCUGAUGGAUAGAUCCACACCCAAUCCUGUCCCACCCACCAAAGCCCCAGCGCCCUCCCGAGGGCACGGCUAAGUGAUUGAUGGACCGCUAGCAUCGGCGGCGUGCCACUCGCGACCUCGUCUAUCCAUCACGAACCGGGCCGAACAGGAGGCCAGUUUUCGCCAUCGCCGCUACACACUCGCUUGCCAACGUCUCUCUGCAGAGGCUUGUGACGCGGCGGCAAGUUUGGGCUCGAGGUCCCUGGCAAACCGGCGGCCUGGACCACGCAAAGUGGAGACCGCGUGCCAGCAGCUGUGCGCUUCCAUAAAGAACAUUUCAUUAAUAUGAUAAUGGACGUGCCUGUGUUUGCGGGGAUUGUGUACAAUUGGUUUAUGGCGAGCGUAAAACAUUGCUCUUGCUAGUGUUUAGUAUCGAAAGGUAUUCAUGCAAUAUCUGGUGUACUAAAGUUAUUACUCAUAAGCCUACGUGUUAAACAAAGUUAUUACUCCCCACGUUCAUAUAUUUUUUACUACCGUUUUUGUUUUGCCGAGUCUCCUUUGCAAACUGGAUAUUUUCAUUACACUUCCUCCACUGGGUUUUAUAAAAUAAAUAAAUUUGAUUUAUUUGAAGUACGUUUUUGAUUUGUUUAUAAUUUUGAUAUCUAACAUAAAAAAAACAGCUGCUGCUGCUUAGUACAAAUGGAGGCAGCAGGAGCCACUGCACACGUUAAAUGUUUCUGAGAAAUCGUUUCGACUGCCAGGCUGUGCUACAAAUCCCAAGCGCUUGCCAUCAGGCCUUCCUGCCCCAGUUCGUCCUGGCAACUUGUUAAACCAGUGGAUAAAUGCAUUUCAAAAGGUGCGAUUGACAAAGCAAUACGAUGCGUAGAUAUAGAGCAUUCACAUUUCAUUAGAAUAUUGCCAUGCCACCCUGUCAGGUGAUACCCGGGGGGGGGGGGAGUUGCGAGAUUGGUGGUGCGGUGGUGAUUGCUGGGUUAUGAACUCUGACCCGAGAUUGAUUCCUGGCAGUCGUUAACAGUAGUGACUGAUACCUGGACCGGACUUGGGCUCCUCACCCCCUGCUUUUACGAAUCCAUACUGACAUGUGCGGAGAAGCAUGGUGGAAACAACCCCCACAACCAACACAUGUGGAUAGGCCUUCAUCCCGUUCUGCGUUUGACAAAGGGUGAAACAUUAUGGAAGGAAACAGCGAGUCGUUAGUGUGGCAUUUGUUUUGGAGUGAAUCCAGCAGUAUGGGGUUCAGUCUCGUUAGCAAUUCACACGGACACCCACACGCAGGGGUGUGGGGACCCUGCCCUUUGGAUGUGUGCGAGGAGACGGCGAGGGCCCAACUCCUGUGACCACCAAGGAAUUAGUUUUUCCCCGGUUGAGAGUGAGCGGCGGUGACAUCGGAAGACUUGCUGCACGCCGAGCUGAAUUGUCCAGCCAUUUGUGGAUCAAAUUCCCGGUCCUCCCGUUUCCUCCCACAUGUGUAAACCCUCAUUAAUGUACUGGGGGGGAAAAUCUUAUUAUAUAGAGGACUGCAAAGCUUGGGCAAUUGUUGGUACCGGCUGCCCGCCUGGCUUCCACCUUCCAGCUUGUUUGGUUCCUCAGCGAUUGUAAGUUACAUUCUGCAUGAGUGGUGUGAUGUGAAAGUAAACAUAAAGGCAUUGAUACAAUUUA